GCAAAUAUUACACCUUCCAUACAUUCCACUGGCGAAUUCCCCCAGCUUCUCCAUCAUGGUGUGAACGCGGGGUCCUUGCCACAUAAUGAGUCAUAUUUGUUGGCUCAACAGAAUGGCAGCCCAGCUAAUGUGCUGGAGGCAUCAAUGAGAUCCAUUACUCCUCAGACCAAUGGGAAGUCCUCUAGUGAUGACUUCGAGCAGCUGAUGAGAAACAUGUCUCAGGGUCGUCUUGUUGAGACCAUUGAGCUUAUUAAACCUUUAAGUGGUGGUCUGGGCUUCAGUGUUGUGGGACUCAAGAGUGAAAACAGGGGAGAACUAGGAAUAUUUGUGCAAGAAAUCCAGGAGGGAAGUGUGGCACAUAGAGAUGGAAAGCUGAAGGAGGCAGAUCAAAUCCUUGCUAUUAAUGGACAAGCCCUUGAUCAGACAAUUACACAUCAACAGGCCAUCAGCAUCCUACAGAAAGCAAAAGAUAAUGUCCAGCUAGUUGUGGCCAGGGGCACUUUCCCUCAGCUUGUCAGUCCUGUAGUUUCCCGGUCUCCAUCUGCUGCUAGCACAGUUUCAGCCCAUUCCAACCCGGUUCACUGGCAGCACGUGGAGACCAUUGAGUUGGUGAAUGAUGGCUCAGGUUUGGGAUUUGGGAUAGUGGGAGGAAAGUCCACUGGAGUGAUUGUUAAAACCAUCCUCCCAGGAGGAGUGGCUGAUCAGCAUGGGAGAUUGUGUAGUGGAGACCACAUUUUGAAAAUUGGAGAUACGGACCUGGCUGGAAUGAGCAGUGAGCAGGUGGCGCAAGUUCUGAGGCAGUGUGGAAAUCGUGUAAAACUGGUAAUUGCAAGAGGUCCUAUUGAGGAGCCACCUCCACCAGCAGUCCCUCCAGGUACACCAGUACCCGUCUCCACACCAGACAAACAGGCUGAUGGUUCUGUUGAUAGCUGUGAAGAUGGAGAGAAAUUCAAUGUUGAGCUCACUAAAAAUACCCAGGGGUUGGGAAUAACUAUUGCUGGUUACAUUGGAGACAAAACAUCAGAACCUUCUGGUAUCUUUGUGAAAAGCAUUACAAAAGGCAGUGCUGUUGAACAUGAUGGGAGAAUCCAUGUGGGAGAUCAAAUUAUAGUUGUGGAUGGAACAAAUCUUCAGGGUUUUACUAACCAGCAAGCAGUUGACGUUUUGCGGCACACGGGACAAACAGUUCGACUCACUUUGAUCAGAAGAGGGCUUAAGCAGGAGAAUCAUAUUCAGCCCCAGGAGGACCUCAAUGCUGCUGUUGAAAAGGACUUACAGUUCCAAACAAUGGAUAGUAGCACAGCCAAAGAUUUCCAGUUAACUACUACAGAAGAAGCAGCCACGAAGGCAAAGUGGCAGAGGAUUAUGGGUUUGAACUAUGAAAUAGUGGUGGCUGUAGUUAACAAAUUCAGUGAAAGCAGCGGAUUAGGGAUAAGCCUGGAAGCUACAGUGGGACAUCAUUUCAUCAGAUCUAUCUUACCAGAGGGGCCAGUGGGACGAAGCGGCAAACUGUUCAGUGGAGAUGAGCUGCUGGAAGUGAAUGAGAUCUCUUUGCUUGGAGAAAACCACAAGGAUGUUGUCAAUAUCUUGAAAGAACUGCCUAUUAAGGUGACAAUGGUGUGCUGUCGUCCGGUAGCUCCCGCCAUCACGCACUCAGAAGUGCUGGAGAGUCUAAGUCUAUCUGAGGUUCAGCUCACAGAAAAGGCUCACAUAGAACUUGGAUUCAUUGGCUCCUCGGACACAGAGCAAGCAGCUUUGGAAAUAGCUGACGAGGGUCAGAGUAUGGAAGAGGUGCAAAGUUCAUCUUUGGCGAUGUGGGAAACAGAAAUACAGCACAUUGAGCUGGAAAAAGGGAGUAUGGGACUUGGAUUUAGCAUAUUGGACUACCAG